AUGGUACCUAUUCUCAAUAAACUCAAAAUGAGCACUAUGUCAGAGCCCAUCGGAGGAGAAAUCAGUGUUGAAUGUGAAAAUGAUAUGUUUAGAAACACUCCUAAAACAUCAAUGGAGGAAGCACUAGACAAGCAGCUGAAGGUUGGUAGUUCUGCAAAAUCUGGAGGCAAGUUUCAGAGAAAAGGAUGUUAUUAUACCUCCAUUCCACGUGUUGUAAAAUGCAAGGGGAUGAGUGGACAGGAACUUACCUCUUUGAAUCUUGACAAGACACAAUUGCUAGAGACUCUACUGGCAAAAGAUUAUGGAGGUUCUGAAGACUUGCUCCUUGGAGAACUGCAGUUUGCGUUUGUUGCCUUUUUGAUGGGUCAGUCGCUAGAAGCAUUCCUCCAGUGGAAAUCCUUGGUUAGCCUUCUGUUUGGCUGCACUGAAGCACCUUUCAACACACGAACUCGGCUAUUCACCAAGUUCAUUAAAGUCAUCUAUUAUCAACUAAAAUACGGACUACAGAAAGAUCGCACGGAUGAUACAAGACCACCGUUGUUAGAUGAUUCUUGGCUUUCUACUGAUAGCUUUUUGCACUAUCUUUGCAAGGACUUCUUUUCAUUGGUGCUAGAUGGGUCAGUUGUUGAUGGAGAUCUUUUAAAAUGGACAAGGAAAUUUAAGGAGCUGUUAGAGAACAACCUAGGGUGGGAGUUUCCAAAGAACAGUGCUGUUGAUGGUUUGUAUUUUGAGGAGAAUGAUGAGUUUGCUCCUGUAGUUGAGAUGUUAGAUGAUGAAGCUUAUGCAAUUUAGAAAUGUGGAUCAUAUAAUCUCUUGGCUAUUAAAAGGGUGUUUCUGAGGAAUCAAAUCUUGAGCAUCAUGCCACUUUGCAACUUAGACACAAACCAUUCACUCACAUUGUACAAUACAACAUAUGUAAAUCCAUGUUAGCAAAAUGUAGAAAGUACUUCAAAAAAUAUUCAUGCCUAUUUCAAUGUCCAAAAAAAGACCAAUUUUGUAGUGGAUGGGUUGGCCCCGCAUGAUUUUGCCAAAAAUGGCUUAUUUUCUUCUUUCACCCAAUGUCAAGUUUUACCAAAUAUAAUAUAGAUAAUUUUCACAUUGAA